AUGCCGUUCCUCGCUGGAAGGGAAGUCACCCAGAAUGGGUUGGGGCUUAUGCGUUUCACCCUGUCAGACGAUGUGACAUCAGAUGAACAAGCAUUCAAGGUUCUCAAGACAGCGCUGGCAGCCGGCGUCAACGUAUGGAACGGAGCAGACUUCUACGGGACACCGGAAAACAACUCAUUGCACCUCAUGAAUCGCUACUUCACAGCUUAUCCUGAAGACGCAGACAAGGUAGUCCUUUCCAUCAAGUCCGGCGUUGCGAGCAUGAAGACCUUCGCUAUGGACUGCUCUCCCGCCGGACUUCGCGACUUUGUGGACAACGCCCUGAAGAUCCUGGACGGCAAGAAGAAAAUCGACAUUUUCGGCUGUGCGAGAGUUGAUCCCAAUGUUCCAGUUGAAGAGAGCAUCACGGCACUAGCUGAGUUGAAGGAGGAGGGUAAGAUUGGGGGUAUUCAACUGUCGGAGGUGAAAGCCGAGACUAUUCGCCGUGCGGCGAGCGUUGCGAAGAUUGAUAUGGUGGAGGCGGAGGUGAGCAUAUGGGCUACGGAUGUUUUCCGUAAUGGUGUCGCAGAGACAUGCGCGGAGCUUGGUAUCCCCAUCAUAGCGCACACACCGCUGGGAGCGGGGAUGUUGACUGGCACGAUCAAGAGCCCUGAUGACUUGCCGGCGCACGAUCAUCAUUGUAUCUUUCCUCGAUUCCAACCCGACAAUCUUGCGAAGAACCGUCUGCUUGUUGAUGAGCUGGAGAAGAUUGCGGUUGCGAAGGGGUGCACUCCGGCUCAGUUGGCUUUGUCGUGGGUUAAAGCGCAGAGCAGAAAGCCUGGCAUGCCGCUUUUUGUCCCGGUUGCGGGUGCGAGAUCUGAAUCCAGGGUUAUUGAGAACGUGGGGGAUGUCGACUUGGCUGAUGAUGACCUUGCACAGAUUGCAGCCCUCCAGGAAAAAUAUCCAGUCGCAGGGGAGAGGUUUCCGCCUGCGGCCAUGAAGUUGAAUGAGUACUAG